AUAAUCGAUUAUCUCCAAUCCCCUUGAAAAUUGAAUCAAGGUUGGAUCAGCUGGUGUAACGCAACAAUUUGAAUUUCCUUGAAGGAGCGAGAUAUUCACACUUCAACCUGAAAUAUAUAUGUAUUUGUUUAUUUAUUCCUCAUGUUAUUUUAAUUCUCAACUACAUUUUUUUGCAUUUUCACCGUCUUUAUGUUAUUGAACUACUAUAUUUUUUCUUGUUUUGAUCAUAGUAUUCAUCUUUAGCCUUGGUUUCAUUGUUUCGUAACAAUUCACUCAACUGCCGUUUGCCGGCUUUUCUUGUCGAACUUUAUUUUCAUCUAUUUGUUCUUAUUCUUGAACUCCUCUUAUAUAUUAUAGCAGCAUUACUAGUUAGGAAAGUCAUAUCCAGAGAGAUAAAUAUACUUUUGAAGAGAAAAAAAAAAAGAAGAUAUACUUUACUUACUAGCUAGUUGAGAUCGAUACAAAGAUGGCCAAGCCAAAUGAUAGAGUUUUGUCUUUCCUGAUAAUCUUUUCACUUCUUCUCUAUAUCACUUUGGUUGAAAGCAAAUUUACUAUUCAUGAGAGCUCGAGCUCAAGCCCGAGCCCAAGCCCAAGCCUGGGUCCGGAUCCAGCAAGUGAAAUAUCAUGUUUGAAGGUGGUGAAUGUGAAGAAUGGAGACACAUGCUUCGACGUUUCUAAGAAAUUUGGUUUGGGCAGUGAUGUUUUCAGUGCUAUUAAUCCAAACCUCAACUGUACUGCUCUUUUUGUAGGUCAAUGGCUUUGCGUUGAUGGCACCUUGUCUUAAAAUCAUCACACCAACAAAAAUUGAGGCCCAAUUGGAUGUUUAAUUAGUCUUUUUCACAAGUAAAAUGAAGUUAUUAUGAAUUGGGCAGUGAGUUUAUUGUAGUAUUACAUUAUAUAAAUGUUAUGAUCUUUCCUGUUGUUGGAAUUCUCAAA